CUUUCACUUGGAGCGAGCGGUCGUCCGAGCCGGCGGCCGUGCGUCUUUUCCCCCCGCAGCAGUCGCCGUGCCACGAGAGGAAAAUGGCCGGGAUGGGCAACUCUUUACGCGCGGCUGCCCUCCUGUCUUUCGUGGUUCUUUCCAUUCUGGUGUCACUCUUGAUUAGCAGCGUGCAGCAGUUUGGAGCCAGAAUAUAUCACUUUUCCAACGCAACUCUCGCUGGUGAUGAGGGGGAGUUCGCGUCGCUCCGCGGGGCGUUGAUUUACCAACUGAACGAGAGGCGCAGGGAAAUAAUUCCGCUGCUUCUACCUAAUGAUGAGGAGGAUGGUGAAAACGGACUGUCCGUUGAGACUGGACAUUCUACCCAACACGACCAAGCGCUAGAAACGUCUUUGGAUUACAGUCUGUGGAGUGAGAUCGCGCAUGGCUCCAGGAAAGCGCAUAUGGAUGAAAUGGAUUGCGAUUCCCUGGUGGACAUGCAGGCGGUGGAGGUCCUCGGGUCUGGAUACACCAAACUGGUUGUCAAAGUGAAUCUAGCCGGAGGUCAGCCGGUGGCGUUGAAACUCGUCAACGAGCAGGGGAUAGACAUGGGCAAGUGCGUGAAGGAUUUUAAAGACCCGCAAGGCUGCCGAGAGCUCGUUUCUUACAAGCUGAAGAAAGAAAUAGUGCUGCUGCAGAGGCUGCAGCAUCCAAACGUCAUUAAGCUCAAAGGUCACUGUGCAGGAGAUUCAGGAGGAAGAGGAGGAGAGGGGGGAAGAGUAACAGUCAUUCUCGAGCAGGGGAAUCCUCUCCAGAUGAUCCAGCUGCUCCAGAGUCCCUGGGAGGACAGAUUCAGGGUGUGCCUGGAUCUGGUCAGGCUCCUCCACUUCCUGUCCCAGUCUCCCCUGGGCUCCGUGGCCCUGCUGGACUUCCAGCCCCGGCAGUUUGUCACCGUGUCCGGCAAGCUGAAGCUCACAGACCUGGAUGACGCCAGCGCUGAGGAGACCCCCUGUCAGACAGAUGCAGACUGCACCCUCCAGUUUCCACACAGAAAUUUCACGCUACCGUGCUCAGCCCGGGGAGUGUGCGAGGGCCUGAGCGAGAAGAGGAACAUUUACAACGCCUAUAGGUAUUUUUUCACCUACCUGCUGCCUCAUCAGGCCCCGCCCGGGCUCACACACCUGGUAGACCACAUCAUGAACUCCACAGGGGAGCUGAAAGCCGACAUCAAUCAAACGCUGGAGGCCUUUGAACACAUCCUCCUCCUCUACAAGUCUGGCCUGCACCUGGACAACCUGCCUCCAUCAAUAAUCAAAGAUUACACCGUGAUGCGAGGCAUGGGGACCUCUGGGAACGCCGAGUACCGCUGCUGGCCGUCCUACAGCCAGCAGGGCUGCGUGCUGUCGGUCCACAGCGCCAGAGAGGCAGCGUUCAUCUGUAACUCCCAUUCUCAGUGCAACAGCUUCACUCUGACGGGACAGAGGACAUGGACGGGUCGCCUCCUGGCCUCUUUCAGGAGCAGUUUCAGUCAUCUGGUGCCUGAUGGGACAUCAGAGGUGUACGUGAAGAAAACCAAAGCUCCCGACACGUCCACAGCAUGACGCAACCAACAAACAGAACAGUCUCGUUAGGGUCGAGUCAUUGCGGAGCAGGAUGAGAGAUCACACGCAGUCGGUGAUGUGAAGCGAAGCCAAAUGUUGCGAACACGUCGAACGCGCCUCGGCUCUGUGGAUUUGCAGGAGAGGAGUAGAGGCCGGGCCGAGGAGGAGGCGUUUGAAGUGAGGCAAGUGAAUGUGAUGUAUUUAUAGGGCUUCUACUCAGUGACUGUUUGAUGUGCCUGCCAGCUCACUGCCUCUGCCAGCAACUAUUUAAAGGGAUUUCCCUUCAGGUACAAUUAAGGAGGGGAGAGCCUUGUGCCCUCUGCGUGUUUUUUACUUUUUUCUACCUUGUCUUUACUCGCCAUGUGUGUUGGCUUUCGCUGUGAGGCUGGGUCCCCGCUGUAGGAUUUUUAAGCCAAAGAGGUAAGAAGAACAGCCGUUGCAGCUCAGCGUUUGAAGCCCGAGGACGAGAAAAGAAAACAAGCUCUUAUACAAAUACACUUUGAUGUUAAUGCGCUGAGGUUGUGGCUGUUUUUUCAUGGUUCCCCGGUUUAGCGGCGCUGUGGUAUGAGAUGGCAUCAGCCAUGUAAGCAUUUACACACCAACAAUGAGUAAAGAUGAUUAAAACCAUUCCAGAGCAGCCUGUUUUUACAUACUUUUGUAAACUUAGUUUAUAGUUCUUAGUUCAUAAAUAUUUAUACGACCGAAUGAAAUGUAAUUGUUCUUACAUGACUGUGCAUUAUAGCUUAUGUGCACCUUGUGGGUGAAACUUUUAUUUUCAAUGAAAAAUUAUUCACUUCCGUGUUUUUUUUUUAUACUUCACUUAUUGUAAUUGUA